AUCUUCCGGGCCGAUCUUCUCUUUCAUAUCCUUCUCUUCACCUCACUGUCCUUCUCUUCCCUUUCCCCUUCCCGGCUCUUGAUUCUUUCCGUCACCACGCGCGGCUUAUCAUGUCGGUUUUUUCCUCAGCAUUUCCAACUGGACGAACGGACUAUACAUUACACGGACGACAUUCUAGACUUCUGCGACCGCAGAACCAAGGGGGGCGCGAGCCCCGCAUAAUAUGCGGAUCUGGCAUAGAUUACCCACCCUCAGGGGUCAUUUUCUUUUCUUGUUUUCUCAUUUUUGGUGGACAGCUUGGGUGGUCAUCGGAGGAGGGAUUGUGGGAGCAACACGGAAAACGGGAGAAAAUGGAGGAUAUGAUAGCGUUCAUGUGUGUUUUUAGUCGACACCUUUUAUCGAAGCAAUAAUGGUUACAUCACGUUAGACUCCGUGGGUUCUUUGU